CGCUCCUCGGGCGCGGAGUCCGAGGAGGAGGGAUGCACCUGCCCAGUGUGCCGCUGGACCGUGGCGACCCUGAGCGUGGCCCGCGCGCCCGCGCACACCAGGCCUCGCCGCCGGCAGCCCUAGUGCACCAGGGACUGCUGACAUUCAGGGAUGUGGCCGUAGAAUUCUCCCUGGAGGAGUGGGGACGCCUGACCCACACUCAGCGGCAACUGUACAGGGAUGUGAUGUUGGAGAACUACGGACACCUCCUCUUCCUGGGUCUCAUUGUGUCAAAGCCAAACCUGGUCUCCUUUUUGGAGCAAAAGAAGGAACCUUGGAAUCUCGAGAGAAAGAAGACGGUAGCCUUCCACCCAGCCAUAUCUUCACAUGACAUCCAGAGCUUCAUGCCAAAGCCGAGCAUAGAAGCUUCUUUCCAAAAAGUGUCAAUGGGUAGACACAAAAAUAGUGACAUUGAGGAUUUACACUUAAUGAUAGACCGGGACAAUGAUGGGAAGAGUGAAGGGUAUCAAAGAUUUCAUGAAGGACAUACCCAAACUCAGACAACUGCCCAUAAUAAGAAUCUCACUGUCCCAAAUGGUGAAGGAUAUAAAACAUUUUGGAAAACCUCCCUUUUUGAGUCCACUGUUUCCAAAAACCAGUGUGGUUCUGCAAGUAAAACCUCAAAUCAAAUAUUUAGACAUACAUACUUAGGGAAAGACAAUUUGGAACAUCUGGAAAGUUACUUAGUCCAUGCUGAAAAUAAUUAUUUGAACCAUUCUGAAAAAAGGAUAGGAUUGACUGUUCAGUCAAAUAUUUCUGAAAAUCCGAGAUUUAAAAAUGAAGAAGAAAGUGCAAAGUGGGAUCCACUGGAGAGGUCCUUCACCGAGGAGCUGACCCUUCAGGAUGACCAGAGCAGUGUCAACAGAGACAGAAUUGCUCAAUGCACUGAAUCUGAGGAGACAUUCAAGCAGAGCUCAGAUGUUGAUAAACAUCUGAAGACUUGUGUUCCAGAAAAUCAUUAUGAAUGUAAUAAAAGUGGGGAAGUCUUUUAUCAAAACUAUGACAUUAUUAUACAUGAGAGUAUGAAUACAGGAGAGAAUCCUUACAGUAAAUGUGGGAAAGCUCUUAACCAGUCGUCCAAUGUUGGUGAUCAUCAGAGAAUUCAUGUGGGAAAACACCCACUUGAAUGUAAAAAACCUGGGAACACGUUUAGUCAAUCAUCAAGACUAAAUAUACCUAAAAGUUAUAUUUUUAAGGAAUGUGGCAAAGACUUUGACUGGCACUCAACACUACCUCAAGAUCAGGGGAUGCAUACUGGAGAGAAACCGUACAGAUGUGAAGAAUGUGGUAAAACCUUUAAGGUCUGCUCAUCAGUGAAUAGACAUAAGCGAAUCCAUACUGGAGAGAAACCUUACAAAUGUGAAGAAUGCGGCAAGGCCUUUAACCAGCAGUCAAGCCUUACUGAACAUCACAGAAUUCAUAAUGGAGAGAAACCUUACAAAUGUGAAGAGUGUGGCAAGGCCUUCAGCCAGCGCUCACACCUUAUUAGUCAUCACAGAAUUCAUACUGGAGAGAAACCUUACAAAUGUAAGGAAUGUGGCAAGGCCUUUAACCACCACUCAGGCCUUACUCAGCAUCACAGGAUUCAUACUGGAGAGAAACCGUAUAAAUGUAAAGAAUGUGGCAAGGCCUUUAACCAUGACUCAAGCCUUACUCAGCAUCACAGAAUUCAUACUGGAGAGAAACCUUACAAAUGUCAAGAAUGUGGUAAGGCCUUUAACCAGCGCUCACACCUUAUUAGUCAUGAGAGGACUCAUAUUAGAGAGAAACCUUACAAAUGUGAAGAAUGCAGUAAGGCCUUCAGCCAACACUCACACCUUAUUCGACAUCACAGAAUUCAUACUGGAGAGAAACCUUACAGAUGUGAGGAAUGUGGUAAGACCUUCAAUAGGCAUUCAUCUCUUACUCAGCAUCACAUAAUUCAUACUGGAGAGAAACCUUACCAAUGUAAAGAAUGUGGCAGAGCCUUUAACCAGCACUCAAGCCUUAUUCACCAUAACAGAAUUCAUACUGGAGAGAAACCUUUUAAAUGUAAAGAAUGUGGUAAGGCCUUUAAACAUGACUCCACACUUACUCAGCAUCACAGAAUUCAUACUGGAGAGAAACCUUACAAAUGUAAAGAAUGUGGUAAGGCCUUUAUCCAGCACUCACAACUUACUAGUCAUCAGAGAAUUCAUACUGGGGAGAAACCUUACAAGUGUAAAGACUGUGGCAAGGCCUUUAACCACAACUCAAGCCUUACUUACCAUCAUAGAAUUCAUACUGGAGAGAAACCUUAUAAAUGUAAAGAAUGUGGCAAAGCAUUUAAACAGCACUCAAAACUUACUCGCCAUCACAGAAUUCAUACUGGAGAGAAACCUUAUAAAUGUAAAGCCUGUGGCAAGGCCUUUAAACAGCACUCACAUCUUACUAAUCAUUACGGAAUUCAUACUAGAGAGAAACCUAAUAAAUGUAAAGCCUGUGGCAAGGCCUUUAAACAGCACUCAUACGUUACUAAUCAUUACGGAAUUCAUACUAGAGAGAAACCUAAUAAAUGUAAAGAAUGUGGCUAGGCCUUUAACCAGUGUUCACACCUUACUCAACAUCACAGAAUUCUCACUGGAGAGAAACCUUACAAGUGUAAAAGAAUGUGGCAAGGCCUUUAGUUAGUGUUCAGCCUUACUCAUUAUCAAAGAAGUCCUAAUAGAGCAAAGCUUAAAAAUUUUAGGGCAGUGAGAGAGGUUUUUUUUUUUUAUCUUCAAACACGAAGUUAAACAACAAUGCACUUGACUUGAAGGGAAAAUGAUCAACAUUCAUUUCUCUUAGAGUAAUUUAUCCCUACUUUAAGACCGAUUGCCCCACAUGGAAAAGCUGUGUACAGACAAAUUGCAUAGAAUUGUCCUUGGUUCUCUAAUGGUAAAUGAAAAACAUUAAAAUGACCCAAUCAAACAAGGUACGCAAGAAUUUUUAUGUUCUUUUUUAUUGUUGUUGUUAAAUAGAGCAAAAUAACUUUUGGAAUAUAACGAUAAGAGCUGAAUGACCAUGCCACUAAUGGAAAAACAAAGGAGUAUUUUCACAGAUCCAGUUUUUCCCAAGGCCAACCCAUCACCUUUUGAUGUUGAUUAAACUGAACCAUUGGCCAUUUUGUUUAAAAGAAAAAUGCCAUAUGCUUGUGCACAUACACAGCUCCUUCAUGUCCAAUCAAGGAACAGGGAAGGGGAAAAUGAAAGAACAGAGAAAACUGUAUGUAGUGGUCAGGAUGUGGUGGAACCAAACUAUGGUUUUCUGAUUGAGACUGUCUUCUCUGUCUGGAGGAGCAGAGUUCUGCAGUGAAGUAGCACGUUGCUUUUUUUAGUUGACACCUCCUGUCUGCUGCUGGAACACAUCAGUUGUAUCUUCCUCCUCCAUUUCCAUCUGUGCCGGUGUGUCUGCUUCCUUGAGUGCGUGCCCAUCAAAUCGGAAUCUGAUCUGCCUCUCUGACAAACCCUGUCAU